AAUCUAUAUAAUAUUAUAUAUAGUGUAAAGAAAUAUUUUUAAAGUGAUUUUGGGAUAAAAAUAACAGCUUUCGCGGUAUUUCCGCAAUCGAAUGUUUUAUUGAAUUAAUUAAUUCGAUGACAGUAAUGACAGAUGACUAGCUGUCAGUUGUAUGUCAUUUUUGGUGAUUGUAAAAUUGUACAAUUGAAGAAAAAUCAUAAAAUUCAUAGAAUCUUAUAUUUUUUGUAAAUUUAUAGUUCUUCGUUAUAAUCCACAGUUGUAAAUACUAAUGAAAUUUUUGUUAUGUUAUAAUUAGAUGGGAUACUGGAUUAUUUGAGGCAUGUAAAAUAUAUUAUUUUUAUUCUAACGUUCGAUCAUCAUCCAGUUAUAGUUUUUUUUGUGGUUAUGCACGUCGCGUAAUUUAUUUAAGGGCUUAAAGUUACGUAUUGUGACGCUAUAACAUCCAAUACUAAGGAAAUGUCUAGUAAGAGCUCCCUAAGUAGCAAUACGUCUGUUUUAAAACAGUUCGACCUCGAUCAGAUAUGGGGCGAUUUGCACGCUGGUAUUCAACAAGUAUACAACAGAGAAACGAUGCAUAAAUCACGCUAUAUACAAUUAUAUACUCACGUUUAUAAUUAUUGCACGUCAGUACAUCAUCCGAAUAAUGGAAGGUCUUCGGCGAGUUCUGCUAUGAAAGGUAAAAAGCACCAAGUCGGGGGAGGUGCCCAGUUAGUUGGAUUGGAACUCUACAAGAGACUAAGAGAAUUUCUUAGGAAUUACCUCGUAUCGUUACUAAGUGAUGGAUUACAUCGAAUGGACGAAGAUGUUCUUAAAUUUUAUACUAAUCAAUGGGAGGAUUAUCAGUUUUGUAGUAAAGUACUUGACGGAGUUUGUGCAUAUCUCAAUAGACAUUGGGUGAAAAGGGAAUGUGAAGAAGGUAGAAAGGGCAUUUAUGAAAUAUAUCAAUUGGCUCUUGUUACUUGGAGAGAUCACCUAUUUAAACAAUUAAACAAAGCGGUGACUAAUGCAGUUUUGAAGUUAAUUGAAAAAGAAAGAAACGGAGAAACCAUUAAUACGCGUUUAGUGUCUGGUGUUAUAAAUUGUUAUGUAGAAUUAGGUCUUAACGAAGAAGAACCUGGUGCGAAGGGGCCUAAUUUGAGUGUGUAUACUGAUAGUUUUCAGAACGUAUUUUUGGAGGAUACUGAAAGGUUUUAUACUAGGGAAAGUACGUCGUUUUUAUCUGAAAAUCCAGUUACGGAAUACAUGAAAAGGGCGGAACAAAGACUUUUAGAAGAACAAAAGCGGGUGCAAGUUUAUCUUCACGAAGCAACUAGUCUUCGGUUAGCCGAAACCUGCGAACGAGUCCUCAUUCAAAAACAUCUCGAGCUUUUCCAUUCGGAAUUUCAACAACUUUUAGACGACGACAAAGACGCCGAUCUUGGUAGAAUGUACAAUUUGGUAGCUAGAAUUCCGAACGGUUUGGGCGAACUGAAGACUCUAUUAGAACAACACAUAGCAGCGCAAGGUUUGGCCGCGAUAGAACGAUGUGGAGAUAGCGCGGUAAAUGAUCCAAAAGUUUACGUAAACACGAUAUUAGAAGUGCACAAAAAGUACAACGCCCUAGUUUUAGUUGCGUUUAGUAAUGACAGCGGGUUCGUAGCGGCCCUAGAUAAAGCUUGCGGUAGAUUUAUAAAUGCUAACGCUGUGACAAAGCAAGCGAAUUCGAGCAGCAGGUCACCUGAAUUGCUCGCCAAGUACUGUGAUCUUUUGUUAAAAAAAUCUAAUAAAAAUGCUGAAGAGGCCGAACUCGAAGAUACUUUAAAUCAAGUGAUGGUAGUUUUCAAAUACAUAGAAGAUAAAGACGUUUUUCAAAAAUUCUAUAGCAAAAUGUUGGCGAAACGGUUAGUGCAACAUAUGUCGGCUAGUGAUGAUGCCGAAGCUUCGAUGAUCUCAAAACUAAAGCAGGCCUGUGGAUUUGAGUACACAUCGAAACUUCAAAGAAUGUUCCAGGAUAUUGGAGUUUCGAAAGAUUUAAAUGAACAAUUUAGAAAUCACUUAGUUAAAUCAAACGAAUCAUUAGGAAUAGAUUUUACUAUUCAAGUAUUAUCGUCGGGGUCUUGGCCUUUUCAGCAAUCUUUUACUUUUGGAUUGCCUACAGAGCUGGAGAGAAGCGUCCAUAGGUUUACAAAUUUUUAUUCGGGUCAGCAUUCUGGGAGAAAAUUGAAUUGGUUGUAUAAUAUGUCGAAAGGUGAAUUAAAUACGAACUGUUUUAAAAAUAGGUAUACUCUACAAGCCAGCACUUUUCAAAUGGCCGUAUUAUUACAAUAUAACGUAGCAGAUUCAUGGACAAUAUCUCAGCUCGAGGAAAACACGCAAAUCAAAAACGACUUCCUUGUACAAGUUAUACAAAUAUUACUUAAGGCCAAGUUACUCAAUUGCGACGACGACGAGAACGAACUCACUCUAAAUUCAACCGUUUCUCUAAAUCUAGGAUUUAAAAAUAAAAAACUCCGCGUCAAUAUCAACAUACCGAUGAAGACGGAAUUGAAAUUAGAACAAGAAACAACUCACAAACAUAUUGAGGAAGAUAGAAAAUUAUUAAUACAAGCUGCUAUAGUUCGAAUAAUGAAAAUGAGAAAAGUUUUGAAACACCAACAACUCGUCGCAGAAGUCUUAAAUCAACUUUCUUCUAGGUUCAAACCGAGGGUUCAUAUUAUUAAGAAAUGUAUAGACAUUCUAAUUGAAAAAGAGUAUUUGGAAAGGACCGAUGGACAAAAAGAUACCUACAGCUAUCUGGCAUGAUUCAAAAAUAGUGUGGAAUGAUAAAAUAAUUUAUAUUUUCUUUGUAUUUUUUUUUGCCUAAUUGAAACAAAGUUGUGACUGUGGAAACUGUGGCGUGUAUAAUAAUUACUGUAAAUAUCUAGGAUUUUAAUUUGAAUCUUUAAAAAAAAAUGGAAACCCGCUAAAUUAAACAGUUAUAUUGUCAUGUUUUCAUAACGAUUCUUAUUGUUAUUUCUCUUGUUCGUGAUAUUUUUUUUAGAAGAAACGAAACACGCGUUCACCUGCGGAAUUUCAUAAUAUUCAUCGAACAGUUGAUUACUUUCAAAAAUAAAAAUGUAUAAUAUUUA